GUCAAGUGCAUGGAUCUUAUUCCUUGAAGAAGGAAGAGCAAACGAGGGUAGAGGAGGAAAGCAAUCUAGCGUUGUAGCACAGCAGCGUCGAUCGAAUGGCUUCGUGCGACAAGGUACCGGCUGGACAGAUCCCAAGUUCGCCGGAUGAUGUUCCUGGAAAGCCCACCACGAUGAUGUCCAAGAUAAUGGAGAAGGGUGCCGAUAUGCUCCAGUCCCUCGAGCCAGUGAAGCAGAUUCAAGAGCACAUCUGUACCUUUGCGUUCUACUCCCACGAUAUGAAGCGGCAGAUUGAAACCCAUCACUAUGCUUCUCGUGUCAACGAGGACUUCACCCAGUGCCUGGUCUUCGAUCGAGACGACUCUCAGGCUCGUCUCAUAGGAGUGGAGUACAUUGUCUCGGAUCGCAUCUUUGUAACGCUGCCAGACGAGGAAAAGAAGCUUUGGCAUUCUCAUUCUCACGAGAUCAAGACCGGGCUUUGGGUCCACCCAGGCGUGCCCGAGGCCGUCCAAAAGCAGGAACUCCACAAGCUGGCGCCAACAUACGGGAAGUUUUGGUGUACUUGGCAGUUCGAUCGAGGUGACAGGCUUCCAAUGGGACCUCCAGCGCUGAUGAUGUCGCCGCAGGAGGAAUGCCCGGUUGAUUCCAAGCUCGUGGAAGCGCGAGACAAGAAAUAUAACAUCUCCACGACUGAGAGAGCUGAGUCGAGACGAGAUAUAGCCGGACUCUCCCGUGUGGAUCCUCUGGCCGAUCACUGGAAGGCUAGCGGCAAAGGCAUGGUCGUGGAGCUCAAGGAAGUUGAUAUGGCUCUUCCAGGUCCGUAUCCAAGCUCUCAGCUUUCGCUGUGAUGGGAGAGACGAUGAUCAAAACUUGGAACUUCCAGGACUCGCGGAAAGGAAGUAGAUCCUGUUUCAAGCUCUCAAAAGUCUCCAGAGAUGUGAUCAACUUCCCAAGUUCGUGGACAGCAGCCACAAAAUAAAAUCCAAAGCCUGGUUUUUCAGCACCA